AUCAGUUACUCUCCAUUAAUAUGUUUGCCGAAUCGCUGAUUAAAAUUGUCAAUACGAGAUACAAGAUACAGAAGCGUAGUCAAGAGUUUUCUUAUAACCCGAUAGGCUGAUCUGUCCAUCAAACCUUCCCGAGACCGUAAAAAGCAUACAGUCAUGUCGGGGGACACGAUCUUCGACAUCACGCCGAACAGUAGCUUCAACAAGCAAAUCUCUCAAGUGUCGUUUAGCAAUUUUUUCGACAACGUAGUUACGCGGAAGGAAGUGGAAAACCUAGUGAAAUGUGCCUUUUCACCGGACUCCGAUCUCGUCGAUUACCACCUGCGGCCUUACUCGGAGGAGAAAAUCGGUUUUCUCGGCUCGCACCUCUGCCUCGUCGUCACGGCUAGGAGGCCAUCGGGAUGCGAGAAACGCAGCUUUUUUGUCAAGACUAUUCCACGAGACGAUCUCAGCCAAGCGGCUUACAUCCAGGAAAAGGGAGUCUUCAAGAAGGAAGCCGAUUUUUUCAAACACGUGGUACCGAUCAUGAUCGAUGAGUUCAAGGGUGAAAGCUGGGCACCGAGAUGUUACCUGGCUACGGAUGAUACUUUAGUCUUCGAAGAUAUGAAGCUCAGAGGCUUCGCAAACAGAGGUAGAUCGUUCGACGAGGCGACUACGAUGGCGGCGAUCGCCUGUCUAGCGAGAUUGCACGCGUCGUCGUUAUUAGCGGAGGAGAAAUUGAACGGAAAAUCGCUGAUGGAGCUCUACCCCCAAAUCCUCCAAGAGACGGAAUUCAAACGCACGACUCGCAGUAUGGUCUGGUACACAGUAGCCAUUGACUUGGUAAUCACCCUGGCCGAAGAACUCGGUUACGACUCCAGCAACAUCCGUCGAGCCAGCGAGUGUGUCUUUGAGCUUGGUCUACCUUCCAAAACCAAACGCAACGUCAUCAACCACGGUGAUCUCUGGGGCAGCAACAUGAUCUUCGACAGCAAGGAUCACUGCAAGCUCGUGGACUUCCAGCUGAUCCGCUACGCCCCUCUGGCUCACGACGUCAUGCAGCUACUCUACCUGUCGACCUCCAGAGAAUUCAGACAGAGACACGAGCAGCAUAUGAUCGAUUACUACUACGCCGUGUUAACCGAGUGUUUGACCAUCAAUAGCUUCAAGGGAGACCUACCGAGUUUCGAGGAAGUUAUGAAUGGAAUUGAAGAACAGAGACUGCCGGCUGUGGUUACCGCAUGUAUAUUCCAUCCAACGGUGCUCAUGGACGGCAAGACGGCUGGAAGGAUUAUGAACGAUUCGACUACGUACGAAGCUUAUUACUUCACGAGGAGGAAGCCGUUCGUUGAUGCUAUCAUGGCCGAGGAUCCGGAGUACGAGAAGUGGGUGAGGGAUGACGUUAGAGAGCUUGCGGAGAUUACUUCGAGAAUGGAUAGUGUGCCGAAACUAACAUAGAUUCCUUUUGAGGAAAUCUAUUUUGACGUUGAUUGCUUUUGCAUGCGAUAAUAAACUUUUUAGCUAUAUGCUUUUCGUAUUAUAUUUUCUUUUAUAUGUAAAUUUGAAUAUAUUAUAAAUAAUAAAAAUUCACCUUUGUCUGAUUUCAAUAAAAGAAAUACUCGAACAUA